AUGAAGACAGAGGGAAUUGUAGCAGCAACAGUCGGGGACAUGUGUCUCUGUGAGGGCCUCCUAGGGGCCCGGCUAGGCGACGCUGUGCUGCUGGAGGGGCCCCCCGGGGGGCCCCCCAUUUUGGGUUUAGUAAUGGAGAUAAGAAAAAGGCACACAGUGGUGGGGCUGCUGCAGCAGUUCCCUGCUGCUGCUGCUGCUGCUGCAGCGGAAGCAGCAGCAGAAGCAGCAACAGGGCGGGACGGAGAGCCACGCACUUGCAGCGUGCAGAAAAUGCUGCAGCAGCUGCAGCAGCAGCAACCGCAGCAGCAGCAGCAUGCUGUCCCUGCGGAGAGCACUUGUCGCCUUGCUGCCCCUGUGUGCAGCAGCAGCAGCAGCAGCGCCAGCAGCAGCAGCAGCAGCAGUGUCAAGGCGCUGUGGGAGGAAUCUGGUGUCUCUGUGGAGCUGCUGUCGCCGGCUGAUGCGCUGCUGCUGCUGCAGCAGCAAGCAGCUGCAGCAGCAACAUCAGCAGCAACAGGACUGGGGCGGCCCCGUGCGGCGUUGCAGACUUGGCGCCUCCACGGGCAGCAGCAGCAGCAACAGAAGCAGCAGCAGCAGGCCCAAAGCAGCAGCAGCAGCAGCAGCAAGGAACUGGGAGAUUUGCUGCUGCUCACUGGGCCCCCAAGUGCAGCAAAAAGCAAUUUGCUCCAGCAGACCUUGGCUUCCUGGCUGCAGCAGCUGUCUGCUGCUGCAGCAGCAGCAGCAGCAGCAGAGACCCCAGGGGCGGUGCUGGUGCUGCUUGGUGCUUCGCCUUUGAACGCCCAGCAGCAGCUGCUGCAGCUGCGGAGGGCGUUUGCUGCAGCGCAGCAGCAGCAGCAGCAGCAGCGGCAGCAGCAGACACAGCUGAAAGUGCUGUACGUACACACGACAGCAGCAGCAGCAGCAACUCCAGUUUCUAACUUUGCUGCUCCGCUGCUGGGGCUCCGUCUCGCGCAGGCACUUCAGCGCAGCAGCAGCAGCAGCAGCAACAGCAACAGCAGCAGCAGCGGCUCCGCGGUGGUGUUCGUCGUUGAUGGUCUGGAGGCUCACGAGGCAGCAGCAGCAGCUGCUGCAGCGCAGCAGCAGCACUUCCCUCUAUAUAUGGAAUUCUUGCAUGCGACGAGCAGCAAACAGCAGCAGCAGCAGCAGCUGCGCAGCAGCAGCAGCAGCAGCAGAGCAGGCUCAUGCCCCUUACCCGCAUCUUCUCCAUUCAUACUGAAGAUGCUGCAGCAGCAACAGCAGCAACAGCAGCAACAGCAGCAGCAGGCACCACGUGCCCAGGUGCUACUGCUGCUGCUGCUCUAG